UCCCUGUACCUUAUCGCUCUGUAAUAUCUCACCCCUGUACCUUAUCGCUCUAUAGAAGCUGCUGCCCCAGCGACUGCAGCCGAGAGGCGACAUGAGGAGGUCGAUCAGAAGAAUACUGAGCUCCACAGCCAAGAAGGACAAUGUAUACGAGGGCGUCUUUCUGCAAACUGGCAGCGUUUGCUCCCUAGAUGACAAUCCAUUACUGAUAUUUAAGCUUAUGGCAGAGGGUAAUGUUUGCCGUGUCCGGAACUUCGUACUGAAGAAUCCUGGAAGUCUGGCGGCUAGGGAUGAUUCUGAGGCUACCCCGCUUCACCAUGCCGCUAAACUGGGAAACAUAGAUUUAAUGCUGAUGAUUGUUAAUGAAUCUGCAGAAGAAGGGAUAAAUGCAUUGGAUUCCAGAGGAAAUACACCUCUUCACUGGGCUGUGCAGAAAAAUAAAUUAGACUGUCUUAAAGUUCUGUUGUGUAGAGGAGCUGACCCGAACAUACAAAACUGCUACAGGCUGUCACCUCUUCAUCUGGCGAUUCAGCUCUUUCAUAAUUCCAUUGCUGAGGCAUUGAUCCUCCAUAGUACAACAGACAUUAAUCUUGAAGGAGACCUUGGUAAUACUCCAGUAAUGCAAGCAUGUUGCAAGGAUAAUCAUGAGGCACUGAAUCUGCUGCUUGGUCGAGGAGCAAAGCUGUGUAAGCAAAACAAGCUGGGAUGUUAUCCAAUACACAUGACUGCCUUUAUGGGAUCGUUGAAGUGCAUGGACAUUAUUUUAAAGAAAGGGGAAGAGAUGGGGUACACUAUUGAUCAUCACAUUAAUUUCACAAACAAUGAAAAAUCAAGCCCUCUCCAUUUAGCAGUUCAAAAUGGAAACAUUGAUGUAGUGAAAGCCUGCAUUUCAUAUGGAGCAAAAAUCGAUCUGAGACAGAGUGACAAUGCAACAGCUCUGCAUUUUGCCGCCACACAAGGUGCAACUGAAAUAGUGAAAUUUAUGGUUUCAUCGUACAGUGACGAUAAUAAAAUUGUCGAUUUGCCUGAUGGGAAUGAUGAAACACCACUUCACAAAUCGGUGUUGUUUGAUCAUGUCGAACUGGCAGAGUAUUUAAUAUCAGAGGGAGCGAACAUUGACAGUGAGGACAAGGAAUCACGUACUCCUCUCCUUUUAGCCACUUCAUGCUCUGCUUGGAAAUCAGUAAAUUUACUUCUUUCUAAAGGUGCAGACGUAAAACUAAAAGAUCAUUAUGGAAGGAAUUUUUUGCAUCUUAUGGUACUACAGCCAGGAGGCUUGAAAAACUUAAAUAGCGAAUUUCUGCAGAUGGAAAAUAUUAAAAAGCUUGUAAGCGAUGAGGACUGUGAAGGCUGCACCCCUCUCCAUUAUGCAUGCAGACAUGGGGUUCCGAACUCAGUCAAUAACUUGCUUGGUCUGAACAUGUCUCUGUAUUCCAAAAGUAAGAACAAAAGAUCUCCUCUGCACUUUGCUGCAUGCUAUGGCCGUUUCAACACCUGCCAGCGACUCUUGAGGUUUAUGUCAGAUGGCAGGCUUCUCAACGAUGGAGACGAGAAGGGAAUGACGCCCCUCCACUUAGCUGCAGAGAACGGGCAUGAAAAGAUUGUUUUUCUCCUUCUAAAAAGAGGUGCUUUACUUCUAAGUGACCAUCGUGGGUGGACAGCUCUACAUUAUGCUGCAUUGAGUGGCUAUACCCGUACGAUCAAGACUCUUCUGGAAACUUCCAUUGGGCUCAUUGACAAAACAGACAAGGAGCAAAACACUGCAAUGCAUCUGGCUGGACGAGAGGGACAUGCUAAGGCUGUCAGCCUACUUCUGGAAAAUGGAGCAUCCAUUUUACUGAAUGCGAAUGGAGCAUCGUACAUUCAUGAAGCAAUACGCUUUGGGAAAAAAGAUACGGUACUUGUCUCAAUUCAGAGUGAACGGUGGGAAGAGAUCCUGCAAACAUUCUCACAUACUUCCAGUUACAAAUGUGCUAUUCUUGAAAUGAUAUAUCAUCUUCCAGAAUCCUUCAAAACGUUAUUAGACAGAUGCAUGACUGAAUCCAUUGGAGACAAGAAAAGUCCUGAUUUUCAUGUAGAAUACAACUUCACAUAUCUUCAGUGUCCACUGAGUUUCAGAAAAGCGCACAAGAGAGAAAAUAAUGUACAUUAUGAACCUUUAACAACUUUAAAUGCCAUGGUCCAACAUCAGCGUAUAGAUCUUUUGUCUCAUCCUGUAUGUAAAGAAUAUUUGCUUAUGAAAUGGAUGGCCUAUGGAUUUAAGGCACAUCUCCUGAACCUUGCAAUAUAUUCCCUGGGCCUAAUUCCUCUCACCCUGCUGAUAAUCAAUGCAGUGAGGCCAGAAUCUUUAGCCAUAAUUGAAGAGUGCGAACACUUAAAGCGAACAGAUUUUUAUAACUCGUCCAUGAAGCAAGAAUGUGCAAAUGUGUCGAGGAAGCUCGAUCUAUUACAGCUCAAGGAUACCCAGUACACACGAGUCUGUAUGGGCCUUGUGUUUUGUAUGAGUCUAUUUGGAAUUGUAAAAGAGGCUGUGCAACUCUGUCAGCAGAAACUUGCAUAUAUCGGUGACGGAAGCAAUAUUAUAGACUGGUCCAUCUACAUAUCCAGUAUUAUUUUUGUAUCAUCUCUGUGUCACUCACCAAUUGUGGUAUCAGGAUUGCAAUGGCAAUUUGGAGCAAUUGCUGUGUUUGCAUCUUGGGUUAACUUUCUGAUUUAUCUCCAAAGGUUUGAAAGUUAUGGAAUUUACAUUGUGAUGUUUUGGGAGAUUCUGAGAACCCUUUUGCGAAUUGUCUUUCUGUUCUUUUUCCUAAUUCUGGCGUUUGGACUGAGCUUCUACGUAUUUCUGUAUCCUCAGGUGACCUUCAGCAGGCCCUACUUUGCCUUAAUGCAGUCAUUUACUAUGAUGUUGGGAGAUAUUAACUAUGAAGAAGGAUUCCUAAAACCACUACUUGAUGACCAAAUAGAGUACCCAUUCUUUACAUUUAUCCACCUUAUUAUGUUUACAUUGCUGAUACCUAUCCUACUUAUGAAUUUGCUUAUUGGUUUGGCUGUCGGCGACAUUGCAGAAGUACAACGAAAUGCAUGCUUGAAAAGGAUUGCCAUGCAGGUGAGCCUUCAUACAAGUUUAGAAAAGAAGCUUCCUUUCUGGUUCUUAAAACGUGUGGAUAAGAUCAGCAUUACCGUGUACCCAAACAGACCACGGAUCUGGGGAAUAACUUUCACAUCAAAUUUUUUUCAUUAUUUUAGUUCUUGUGAUGAUGUGAAAGCAGAAAUUCCCAUAAAUGAUGAAACUAUGGAAUUGGAGCUUUGGAAACAGAAAAACAGGUUGAAGGACCUCACCACAAUGAUGCAGAAGCAAAAUGACCUAAUUAAGCUAAUCAUUCAGAAAAUGGAGAUUGUCUCUGAGGCUGAAGAUGAAGAUGGCGAUAAUAUCUGUCAAAGCAAAAUGAUGAAGAAACAAAAGCUUGAUCGUAAAGAAAGCAAAUGGGACUGUGUAGCGAAGGCUGUAAAAUCCUGUAAGAACGUUUAGGUAAAAUAUCACUUUGCCAUUAUUCCAAUGUGAGCAGGCUGCAGAAAAUGAACUAAAACUUGAAUGUAUUUUCUCAGAUUUUCUUUAGAACGUGCAUGGGUUGGUUAUUGUAUAUGUGUUAUGCUGCUUAUUGCAUGGGGCAGUGCUGUCUACUUUAUCCAUUAUUUUAAGACAGUGUUCUAAAGUGUUGCUUACACAUUUAGCUUGCAAUUACAUUAAAAACCUGAAGCAGCUCCCCAUUAUCCACUAAAUGCUAUCAGUUGUGCACACAAUUUUGACGCAGGUACUUCAGCUAUUACAUUUUCUUUUUCUGUGCCUUGAGACUUACUGUCUUUCUCUUAUAUCAGCCAUUUCCAAUAUUUAAUAUUUGUAUUUAUACAUGAUAAAAAUGAAAAAAAAAUAUGAGAGGAAUGUAAUAAAAGUUGUUCACAAUUCCAUUUGUACAAACAGUUUUGUCUUUGUCUUUGAGAAGUGUAUAGUGACUGACCCAGCACUGGGACAUGAUUGUAAAUGUUGGAAUGAAUUUACUUUUAGCUAAACUGGAAAAGCCAUUACUUUGCUUCAAAAUGCCAACUUCAAGCAACUGUUGAAGGCAAGAAAAUGCAGUGCUCAGUGACAAUUUGCUGUGCAAUAAGUGAAAAUGAAAUAUAUAACAUUGAUAUAUAAAUAUAUAACAUUGAAUUCUGUUCACUUUACUGCAUUGUAAUUACUUGCUUAUGUGAUUUUCUUCAAGAAAAUAACCACAAUCAAUUGUGUAAAGGAAAUGGCACAAUAUCUGCCUAUGUAGACCAAGGCCUAGGCCAGUGGUACAGUCCAUUUGGCAGAAGGCAAACACAUUUGUCUGUCUGUCGCUACUAGUAGUGAAUUGAACUUCCCAGUCUGAUGCACACAGAUGUUUUGGUGCCCUAGGAUCUACCUAUCACUGCUUUGUGUGUGUCUAAUAGGGCACUUUACUAUUACGAGUGCUAACAGCUGGACAAAGGAGUUUUGACUGGUGCUGUUCUUCAUCAAUCACAACAUUCACUGUAUGGAGGUCGCUUAUUCACUAAGUAUAAACAUAGUUUAUACUUUAACCGUUGCAGGUGAAAGACACCUCUCUUGAAAAAUACCUGCAUGGACCUGACUUGAGAAAUGCUUUGUCGUGGUUUUGUAAUGUAUUAUAGAAAUCUACCCCAGACCCCCUAGCUAAGGUCAAAGGUAAAUUGAUAUACCAGACCUGGAUGACGAAAUGUGGGAUGACACUCUAGAACAGAUUCCUGAAACAACAAUGUCAGAGAUAGAUUUAUCGAAAUUAACUUAGGAUGAACUUGCCCGGCUUAAACUUUGUAUACCUUUUCUUUCUUCUUCUUUUUCCUUCUUUCUGAACUGUUGUUAAAAUGUUAAAACCUUAAAUAAAAACGUAUAAAAAAA